AUGAUAUUCGAGAGGAUUCCAAACAGUCGUAAAUCACUUCGAUCAUCACCUUGUUCGCUCUAUUUUCUUGCAUCAGCUAUUAAUAAUUUUUUUGUCUUGUAUUUUUCUUUAAUAACACGUUUAUUAUCUGAUGGCUUUUCAAUUGAUCCAACAAGUAAUUCAAUGGCAUUUUGUAAAAUACGUUAUUAUUUUUCAUAUAUAUUUUUUGCUUUAUCACCCUAUUUUACAGUAUUAGCUUCUAUAGAUCGAUAUUGUGUAAGUUCAUCAAAUCCGAAUAUCCGUCGAUUUAGUAAUCGUACAGUUGCUUAUCGUGCAAUUUCAAUGACAAUUUUAUUUACAUUGUUGAUUUAUAUGCAUAUGGCGAUUUAUUUUCAAGUUAAUACCAUUCCCUUUAUACCAAUAACUUAUUGUUAUACACGUCCCGGUACAUAUGCAACGUUUUAUGCAUUGUUCUAUCUAAUAUUUUAUUGUCUUCUACCACCUGUUCUAAUGGGAACAUUUGGUCUAUUAACUAUACUAAGUAUUCGACAACAUCGUCAACGUAUAGUACCAAGUACUGUUAAUAUUAGCCGUGGAAAAAAACGUGAUAAACAAUUGUCAAGAAUGCUUCUAAUUCAAAUAAUAACAGAAGUUUUAUUAGUGAUGCCGUUCGCCAUAAUGCAGUUAAUUUUAGUAAUCCUAAACUAUGUGAAUGACAUAAUAACUUUCGUGGCAGCCUUAACUGUUUUACCAUUAUUCUUUAGUUAUUGUACAAGUUUUUAUAUUUAUACAUUGAGUGCACGUUUAUAUCGUACUGAAUUAUUUAGAGUUAUUGAUUUAAUACUUAAACGUUUAUUUGGUAGCAAUCUUUUACGUAAUUAUUUUCGACAAGACCUAGUAUCAACAACAAGAAAUGAUGGACAAUCAUUAUAUACAGUACAACGUCAAAUGACAAUAGGACAGAAUAACGAAUAA